AUGGUCCCAAAUGAAGACCAGCACUACAUCGGGAUCCUUCGGUUGCUACUCCAUUUUGGCUGGUCAUGGGUGGUGCUCCUUGCUGUGAACAAUAACAGUGGAGAACAUUUCUUGGAGACUUUGGAGUCAUUGCUUUCCAGGAAUGGGAUCUGUUUGGCUUUCACUGAAAGAAUCACCCGAAAAAUACAAUGGGAUAAUAUUGAUGAUUUUUCUGAUAUACUUGCGCCAAUGAAUACAUAUUUCAUGGACACCAAAACCAACACAUUUAUCCUCUAUGGAGAUUCGAGAACAUUUAUCAUGUUGAAUGCUUUUCUUUUUAUCGGGCCUCUUGCAGUGGUUCAGACAUUUAGCAAAGUGUGGAUAUUGACUCCCCAGGUCAAUUUUGCCCUAACCGGCAUGGAAAGGUUGUGGGAUUUCCAUUUCUUCCAUGGGGCCAUCUCUUUUACAAUUCACUCGAGCAAACUGCAAGGUUUCCGUGCAUUUCUUACAGGCAUAAGACCUUACAAGGCUGAAGAAAAUGGUUUUCUGAAAUACUUCUGGGAGCAAGCUUUCGACUGUACAUUUGCCAGAAGUGAGGAGUCACUAGAAAUCAACGAUUCUUGUACCGGGGAGGAGAAGCUGGAAAGCCUUUCUAGGACUGUUUUUGAGAUGGACAUGAGUGGCCACAGUUAUAGCAUCUAUAAUGCUGUCCACGCUGUGGCACAUGCAUUGCAUCACAUGUGCUCAUCUAGGACAUACGUUAGAGCGAGAAGGACCAGCAAAACAGCUGCAUUUCAAGCUCUUCAGCCCUGGCAGCUCCACCCGUUUCUUCAAGGCAAUGCAUUUAACAACUCAGCAGGAGAAAAAGUAUCUUUUAACAGCAAUAAGGAAGUGGAGGAAGGAUUAGAUCUCAUGAACCUGGUCACUUUCCCAAACAAGUCCUUCUUUAGAGCAAAAGUCGGAAGAUUGAAUCCUGAAGCUCUUGAAGGAGAAGAGCUGAUCAUUCGUGAGGAUUUAAUUGCAUGGCAAACGGGCUUUGACCAGGUUCCACCUCUUUCUGUGUGCAACACACACUGUCACCCUGGUUUUCAAAUGAAGAAAAAAGAAGGGGAGAAGUUUUGCUGCUAUGAUUGUUCUCUGUGUCCUGAAGGGAAGGUUUCAAGGCACAAGGACAUGGACGACUGCAUCAGGUGUCCAGAAGAUGAGUAUCCAAACAAGAAACAAGAUGGAUGCUUGCCCAAGACAAUGAAUUUUCUGUCUUUCGAAGAAACUUUGGGGAUCAGUUUGUCAUCUAUUGCUGUGUCUUGUUUCCUGAUCACAGCUUCAGUUCUCGCAACUUUCCUUAAGCACAAAGACACCCCAAUAGUCAAGGCCAACAACAGAGAUAUCACCUAUGGUCUCCUGAUCUCCCUCUUGCUCUGCUUUCUCUGCUCUUUGCUUUUCCUUGGACAACCAAACAAAGUGACCUGCUUCCUCCGACAAUCUGCUUUUGGCAUCAUUUUCACAGUGGCUGUUUCUUGUGUGUUGGCCAAAACUGUCACUGUGGUGGUCGCUUUCAUGGCCACCAUACCAGGGUCCAGCAUGAGGAAGUGGGUGGGGAAAAGAAUGACCAACUCCAUUGUCCUUUCCUGCUCUCUCAUUCAAGUAGCAAUUUGCACAGCUUGGCUUGAAACCUUUCCCCCGUUCCCUGAUGUUGACCUGCAAUCUCUCACUGAAGAGAUCAUAGUAGAAUGUAAUGAAGGGUCUAUUGUCAUGUUCUACAUUGUCCUGGGCUACAUGGGACUUCUGUCUCUUAUAAGCUUGACUGUGGCUUUCUUUGCCAGAAAAUUGCCAGACAGUUUUAAUGAAGCCAAGUUCAUCACCUUCAGUAUGCUUGUGUUUUGCAGUGUCUGGGUGUCUUUUUUCCCCACCUACCUAAGCACCAAAGGGAAAUACAUGGUAGCUGUGGAGAUCUUCUCUGUCUUAGCCUCUAGUGCAGGGUUACUGGGUUGUAUCUUUUUCCCCAAGUGCUACAUUAUUCUGUUGAGACCAGAGCUGAACAACAGGGGACAGCUAAUAAGGAGAAAGAAGUAA